UUGUUUCAGUCAACAACUGCUAUCCAGUCUUGCUCAUCUAAUCCUAAUCUUGAGCCUUCCGCUAUAAGGGACUUAGCCUGCGCUCACAUCGCAUCUUCCAGCACGACAGUCAGGAAUGUUGCUUAUGACAGCGAAAGCCGUACCAUCACAAGCCCUUGUCCUGGUGUCAGUCAAGCAAGUGGCUCGUAUACUCCCAACAGCAGCUCAAUUAGUCAGCUUGAUUCAAGCCUCAAUCCUGUUAGCACAUUGGCCAUAACCUCUCAGGCAAACAAUGAUCUCAACGAAUCCAGCCAUUCUGCCUUCGAGCCUGUUUUGGCUGAUCCUUCACAGGCCUUAUAUAGCGUGCCUCCAGAGGCUGUGCCUUUUCCAGCCGAGGUUGUUGAACUGGCGGCUUUUGGUAUACACUUUCAGUCCUCCCUUUCGCCUCAUGUACAGGCCUCUCCUCCUCCUCCGCCGCCACCACCGCCACCACCGCCACCACCCAUUGUUGUCAUUCCUCCAGAGCGAGGCGAAAUGUAUAGGCGGAUGACCCCUGAACUCAGACAUCGCUUCCUUUCUCAGGUCAGACCUCGAUGCGUCUAUUAUCAUUCCUCAUGA